GUCCGAAAACUCUGGAAAAGGAAAAUUUUAUUCAUCAAAACCUCAAUUGCACGUAAAAAAGAGAUGAAUCAUGCCAUGUGGGUAUAGCAGUCACGGCGGUUUGAUGUUUUGCAGGUUUCUUUGAGGAAUUUACGUGUUCUCAGUAUGCCAGGGAGUGAAAUUCCAGAUUGGCUAAACGAAGAGGAAGUGACCUACACGGUGCGCAAAAACUGCAUGCUCAAGGCUGUUCUCAUAGGCGUUGUCGUUUCCAUCACCAGUGACUUCCCAGAAUCUUUGAGAGACCAUAUUCCCACACUUGUGGAUAUCGAAGCAAAGAUACUCAAGAUGAACAGGCCUAUCUUCAGCACCACAUUGCCAUUGAUGGGAGUACCGAAAUUAGAUGAAGAUCAGGUUCAUUUGUGCCGGUUCUUGGACUUUCACCCGUUGGUUUCCAAGUUGAAAGAAGGGUACAAAGUUCAGGUGGCAAAGCGGAACCCACCAUUCAUUCCCGGAAUGCAGCUGAAGAAAUGCGGGGUACGUCUGAUCUUCGAGAGAGAUGAUGAAAUUGAUGGAGAUGAGCAGCAACUAGAUGAUGGCUACCAGUCUUUAUCCGAAAAGCUUGCCCGGUUUUUCAACCAUUUGCAGUAGCCAGUUCACUAUUGUUUGAAGCAAGGCUCUGGAAAAUGGAAGCAGAAAAUGGUGCCAAAGAUUGAAGAGAAGGGAACGAGCUUGCUCCUAUCAACUGAAAUUUCAUUCCUGGAAAUGUAAUCUGAAAAUACC